AUGUGCGGUCCAGGCGUUGGCCGUGUGUCUUAUGACGACCCCCGGACCUGGGAAACCAAUGGUGUUAGCUACGAAGUCGGUGCAACAACUUUCACCAAAACCUCACGACUUCCCUUCCUCUGGACUCGGCCUGAUGGCUCAACCAUGACCUGGUUUAGGUCUUGGAACCAUGAGCGUAUUACCAAUGAAGCGAGAGCGUUGAUGCUCAUCGCUACCAAGACGACAAUUCCAGUGCCUAAACUCCUCGAGCACGGGGUUCAUCCAGACGGCCGGCAAUACCUAGUCACCGAAUUCAUCGAAGGCAUUACCUUAAACCAACUUUCGAAGCAAGCAUGCUCAUUUUCAGGAGAACAUCACUGCGCCAGCCCACCAUGCAAAACCUGCCUUGAAAAGGUUUCUUCCAAUGCACUUAGGUUCAUUGAAGAAAGUGUUUUGCCCCAGCUCGCUCAACUGAAAUCUCACCAGCGCGGUCUCGAGGGGUUUGUCAUGCCUCCUCAGUGGCUAGCUGCUGACAUUCGGCCUGGAUGGAAAGGCCACCGUUGGCAAACUCUUCCUCUCCACGAGGCCGAGUAUGUUUUCCAACACGGUGACCUUGCAUCUCACAACAUCAUGAUCGACCCGCAAACCCUCAAGGUCAAAACCCUGAUCGAUUGGGAAUAUGCUGGCUACUUCUUGCCUGGAACGGAGAGAUGGUCUGGAACGCUGGCCGAAGAUGCCUAUGCUCAGCGCUCCUCUCAACUUUCCAGUGCCAUAGCCGAGUUCAUUCCCCUAGACUAUCUUGAAUGUUAUGCUGGAUUGGACGAUCAAGACAGAGCGGCCUGGGAUGAGCAGAUUGCUGAUGGACAACUUCCUGAUCCAUCAUCGAUUGAGGCUGAUCGAUCGAGGAAGAUAGGACCAUAG